AUGUCUUCAAAUGAAACAGAAGAGAGUUCAUCAUCAAAGAGUGACGACAUCGACAAAUGUCCGCAAAUUUCAGAAAAUUUGUCAGAAAUAGCAUCAAAAAGUGAGUCUCAAAUAAGUGGCGAACAUUUAUCGGUCGAUCAAAGCGAUCAAAUGAUUGGCAGCACAUCAUCGCCAACAACACGACAAAUACCACCAGAAAGUGAACCACCAGUGAGUGCUCCUCCACGAAGAAAGUUUGUCACACCGGCAUCAAUGCGCAAGACGUGCACUGAUUGUAAUGAUAACACUACUGAUCCACAAAACCAUCUUCAGUGCAAUCAAACACCAAUUGACGAUCCAUUGCCAACAAGUAUUAAUGAUCGCUUCAAUAGUAGUAGUGCUCAUGUAUUAGCCAAAUGUGAAGAGUCGUCGCCCAUCACUAAUGACCAAACAGCUAACGAUUUGGUCACACGUGUCGACCAUCAAUACAAACAAAACUUGUGUGCUGUUGAUGAUCAUAACCCUAGUAUUACAUGUGAUGUUAAUGAUAAAGAUAUAUUUGAUAAGAGAUCUGCUAACGUGAAGACCAAUCAAAAUGAUUUGAACCGAUUUCAGAGACAACUGAUGGAUGCAAUGAGACGUUGGAAGAAUCGAUGGUUUACUUCAGAUACGGCAAAAGCCAGUCGACGGCGAAGAUUCAAUCAAAUGAUUUAUUAUUUAAAAAUAUUUUUGACUCAUCUUUUCUCAACCACCGGACUAUGUCUUCUAGUUAUAGCCUAUUCAUGUGUCGGAGCUCUCAUAUUCACGUAUCUCGAGUCCAAACACGAAGAGAUACUAAGACUUCGACUGAAGAAUGAAAUCGACAGACAUCGCUAUAAUUUUACUGUUGAGCUCUGGGAUCAUACGGAUAAACUCAAUGUUUUAUAUCCGGAAGAAUGGAUUAAUCGGACCAACGAUAAGCUCAGGGAGUUUGAGGAGACUAUUGUAAAAGCUGUUCGUGAAGAGGGAUACGGAGGGGUUUCAAAUCAAUGGACGUUUUCCGGGGCUUUACUCUACAGCGUAACUGUUAUCACAACUAUAGGUUACGGUAACGUCACGUGUAAGACUGAUUUGGGUCGUAUCGUGACUAUGAUCUAUGCCUUACUCGGAAUACCCGUUAUGUUCCUAUGUUUAGCAAAUUUAGGUAAUCUAAUGGCAAAAACAUUUCGGUUUAGUUAUAAACGAUUGUGUUGUAUAUGUUUUUGUUGUAAUAAUAAUAAUAAUAACAACUCCAACAAUAAUCAUAGCAAUAAUAAACUUUCCAACAAUCAAUACAACAAUAACUAUAGUAAUAAUAAUAAUAAGAUGUCAAACAAGACUGACAUAAUUGAGAUGAAGAAAUCUUCUUGUAUUGACAGCGAAAGAGAUGUGAGAGUUGUUUUCGAUGAAAAUGACGAACAAAAGGUACGAUCGAUAAUAACAGUGACGGCAUCGACACCUCCGACGUCUACAUCAGUCACAUCAUCCCAAGCGUCCAGUCCUUUGAAAUCAUUCACAAAUACUUUAAAUCCAAUGAACAGUGAAUUAAACUGUAAUGAGUUGGUUGUUGUUCAGGGAAAUACACAACAGAUCGAUAACAGCGACGACAGGGUUCCCAUAUGGCUGGUCAUAGUGUUGGUCAUCGGUUACAUAAUGACCGGUGCUUUCAUGUUCUCAAUUUGGGAAGAAAGUUGGGGUUUACUGGAAGGGGCGUACUUUUGUUUCACUACACUAUCCACUAUAGGGUUCGGCGAUUUAGUUCCCGGUUCUGCCAAAUAUUCGGACAAUAAGGAGGAACAGACAAAAUUCAUUAUAUGCUGCGCUUAUCUUAUCGUCGGUCUCUCAAUGUUAGCCAUGUCUUUCAAUUUAGUCCAAGAAGAGAUUGUCAUCAAAUCUAAAGAAAUUGCCAGAAGAAUGGGUAUUAUUCCUCAACAAAAAACUACAGAUUAUGACAAAACUGUUUCUGUUUAA